UUUUUUUAUUAUGGCCAAAAAAAACUUUAAUUUUUAUACGAAUUCAAACCCCGCGGGAACAUGGAAUCCCAAAUCUAACUGUUUUUUGAAUUAAAAUAUAUAUAUAUAUAAAUUCUAUAAAAAAAUUAAAAUUUUGUCAAAAUCUUUGUUUCAAUUUUCUGUCCUCUUUCCGGAGAACCAAACAGAAAGUUUUUUUUGUUUUUUUAAGAAUAUGUCUUUAGGGCACAGAGGUUCGGCGAAUCCAGCCGCCAUGCUUGCUUCUCUCAUGACCAAAAGAGAAAAGCUUCAAGACGAGCUUCGCAAUAUCGAAAAGCAGGUUUAUGAAUUAGAGACUAAUUAUUUGCAAGAUUCGAGCCAUUUCGGGCAUGUUUUGAAAGGAUUCGAAGGGUUUCUUGCUUCAUCCAAGAACACAGCAAACUUAAAGAGGUCCAGGAAGUUUCAGCCAGAAGAUAGACUGUUCUCAUUGUCAUCAGUCACAUCACCAGCGGCUGAAGAACUCAGAGUUCGACAGGAUGAUGGAAGAUCUGAUUUUGGUCCAGGUCGGUCUAAGGGAGGAGGCUUAGCCGCCAAUGGCCAAGGCAAACCAAAGAAGGGAAGAACUGCCUCAUCAGCAAGAGAUGGAAAGAGAAUCAGGCCAUCAAGUGAACAAGAUUUCGAUGAUGAAGAUGAUCAUGAUAUGAGUUUGAGAUAAGUUAAUAAGGACUUGUAAUGUAACUUUAGAUAUAACCAUCUUCUGUAACAAUUGGGGGAAUUCUUAAUAUGUAGUCUCGGUAGUCUAGCAUUCAGGUGAUGCUGAUCGCAGCCUUUAGGAUAGCUGCAUUGCAUGUGAAGAAUGUAGUGAAUCUAGGGCUCUCAUGUAUAAUAUAUUGUAUAAUUCCCCCCCCCCCCCCCCCCUCUUUCUGUAUCUUGAUUGUUUCGAAUUAUAUUCUGUUCGUUAUGUCGACAUCAUCAAGAAUUAUAUAAACUUAGGAAAGAAAAGUCCGUUAAGCUUCCAUUACACCUUACAAGUAAAACAUAGUUAUAUGUAGUUUUGUACUGUUUAUCUGGCAGGGUUUGGAAAGAAAGGAGUUUAGAAGGCUUGGCAGCUGAUUGAGGUUGGUUUUAAGCUAAUAACAAAUGCAAUCUGUACAGGUCUAGGUGAAAACAUAGUUCAUUUUCUCUAUUGAAUCUGUUUCCUCUUCCCCUGAAUGAUUACAUUCUGAUUCAUACUUUAAUUGGUUCUAAUAUUCUCUUUUUAAAAAUAACAUUUAAUUCGUCAAAAAUUUAAAUUUUAAUAUCUGUAACUUAUGUUUUUAAUUUUACGUUGCAAUCUUUUUUAUAAAGAAAAAAAAAAUUAGAACAGAGAUAAUUUAUUGGUUAAACUCAUCUAACUUUAUUUUGAUUAGAAUUCUUUUUACCAAACACAAGCUUGGCAGACAUAGCUUAAACUAUACUUCGCCAAGCUGAAACAAGUUAAGACUUACAAAAGAAAGGGUACAAUUGCCAGCCAUUGUAUCAUGCAAAGCAAAGAAAGAAUAGAAUUUGACGAAGCAAGAAGCGUAUUUUGACUGUUUUCUCUAUUAUAUAACAGAGUAUUUCUACAAAAAUAUGGUAAAGUAAAUACUAAAUCAAUUCAGGUUCAAGCUAUUAAACAAACUCUAG